CAAAUUUCUCUGCACAGGGCGGAACUAGAGUAACAGCGACUCAGAGAACAAUCACACAACAUUCUCUCGUCUAUACAGCAGUCUUCUUUAUACAACAGUCUUCUCUGUAAACUUCAUUUAACAGCGCAGGAGAAGCAAAUAUGGCAGGAUUUUCCUGACCAUCUUCUAGGUAACAUUCAACUGGAAAAGCCGUGGGCUGCUUACAAAGCUUACAGAACUUACAAAGCAGGGUUGGAGGUUCGAUUUCUGCUGCUGCCCUGUGUGUGUGACAUUUGCAUGUUCUCCCGGUGCUGUGGGGGUUCCUCCGGUACUCCAGUUUCCUCCCCCAGUCCAAAGACAUGCAUGAAGAAGGUGAGAUGGAGAGUAUUGUCCCUAGUGCCCUCAACACAAGGAGUGAAACAGGAGCACUAGUGGAGGUCAAGUUUCAAAAAAACCCCUAUCAAACCCAGAAGUACCUGGAGGCAGAACCAAAAGCUUUAGGGGUAACUCAGAUUAUGCUGAGUGUCUUUAUCAUAAGUCUCAUAUGUUCCACUUCGAUCUCUGAUCACUUCCAAGUCUCAGCCCUCGUCGAUCUUAUCGGUUCUUCACUUAGCAUAAUAGCUGGUAGUGUGGCAAUAGCAGCGCAGAGUCUUCACCUUCCAACACUGAAGGCCUGCUUAGGGAUGCAGACUGUGGCAUGUGUGGCAUCAGUUUUCAGCUUUAUGACCCACUAUGCUUUAAUUUGGGACCAUUUUGCCUUUCACACCUGCUGGGAUAUGUACGUCAGCAACACAUCACAAAGGGACAUGUGUGAGAGGCUGGGGUCCAUCUAUGAGCAUGUCAUAGGAAUAGAGAUGUUGGUGCAGGCGACUCAGAUUGCUCUCUCUGCAACCUUGGCUGCUUUCUGCUGCAAAGUAAUUCAGUGCUGCUCCCCAAGGAGCAAUGUGCCUGUUAUUGGGAUCAACGCACCCCCAGGUCCUCAGUGACAACAGAGCCACAACUCAUUUAACUACAGUUAUGUUUUACACACUUGCAUUAUAAAUGUAUUAAUGAUACUUACAUAUCUAUUAUAUGUAUAGGGUCUACAGGCAAUAACCUUAAUUAUAGAAAAAUAUGUUGAAUAUAAUGAGUCUUUAUUGAUCACAUAUACAUUACAGCACAGUGAAAUUCUGCAUGUCAGGAAGCUGGGGUCAGGGUCAGCCAUGACACAGCGCCCCUGGAGCAGAGAGGGUUAAGGGCCAUCCUUAAGUGCCAAACAGUGGCAGUGCUGGGGCUUGAACCCCCAACCUUCCGAUGAUUAACCGCCAAACCACCUGUGCCCCAUUAUAUGUUGAAUAUGUUGCUUAUAUGUGAUAAAAUAUAUGAAAAUUAACCCAAUAUUUUGGAAAUGCACCUGCCAGUGGUUUCCAGUAGGAAAAGAAUAUGUAUGCUUGUCUAAAAUGGUGUAGAGGAGGGGCACACUCUCUACCCUUGAAUUUGUAUUAUUUUUUUGCAUUGCCCAUGAUUUAUUUCAUUACAUAUAUUUAAUUGAGAUAUAUACACGAUAUAUACUGCAACAAUCUCAGUUUGCAAUGGCUGUCUGUGAAAAAGUAUUCUUAUUUCCAGCUCUUUUGAAAUUGCUCCUUCUCACUGUUAACUUUGUGCUUUUUAUCUGUAGCCAUGACUAAAUAUCAUUCAUGAAAUAAAUUUUUCGCAGGCUCAAUUUGAA